GACAAGGAAGGAGAGAGUGACAUGAGAGUUAUUUAUACUUAGGCGGCUACCGCGGCUCAAGCAAACUUUCUCUUUUUAUAUUAGGGUUAGUUGAGGUACCCAUCGUACCGGUCGCCGCCUAACGUUCGCUUGCACUCUAUACCAGAAAUGGCCCCGAAAGCUGCCGCCAAUUUACCCCUCAAAAGAAAACCAAGAGGUGCCUCAAAAAUGAUUUCUACCUCUAAAAGAAAUCCAACUAAUUCUGAAGGUGUUCUCUACGAGGUGAUCAGAAGCAAGCAAGAAAUGGGAAUCUCUAAAAGGGAUUUGAUCACAGAAACAAGACUUUUAGCUUCUGUAGUGACCAAGUCCCUUAAGUCUCUUCAAGUCAAGAACCUAAUAAAGCAAUUUGUGAACAUUCAAGAGGUAAGAAAGGUAAACGACUACUAUAUAGCAAAAGAGUUUGAACCCUCAAAGGAACUAAUUGGUGGGGCAUGGUACGUGGAAGGGAAGCUAGAUAAAGCCUUCAUAGAGGAUCUUAAAGAGCUAUGCUUGAGGUGUGUCUUGAGGAUGAAGGUUGCCACAACUGAAAGAAUUAAAGAGAUGAUUUGUAGAUCUGGUGUCCUUAAAGUUGAGGUCACCACUCAUCAAAUAGCAGAGAUAUUGGGGGUUCUGGUUCUGGAAAAUGAAAUCAUGGAGGUGAGGAGUACUGGGACUGGUGAAUUUGCCUCUAUACCAUUGGGAACAGUUUGUUACAAGAAGUGUUCAGGCAAAGGGGGAGAAGGGGUCCUCCCAGGAGGGGCCAUGGCUUCAAUCCCAUGUGGGGUUUGUCCAAGAAAAAGUGAGUGCACACCCAAUGGCAUUAUCUCUCCUAGCACUUGUGUAUACUUCAAUAAAUGGUUGGAUUUUUAGGUCUCUUAAUAAAUUUUUCAGUAAUUAAGCCACUUAGUCUUAUACUAACAAUGCUUUCUGAAUUCUGAUGAUAUUGAACAUCUCUCCAUUUUAAUUCCCAGCCCCCCCCCCCUUUUUGAAUCAGUUUAUGUAAUAAUAAUUUUCUUGGACUUGUCUCAGUUUCAGGCCUGACCGAAAUCAGCGUCUGAACCGAGAUUUAGAACCUUGUAUUUAGGAGUACUACUUGAAGGAUUGAUUGUCGAGUGCA